AUGAGCUAUCAACAAGCCCAGGACAUGUAUCACGACAACUCGUCCGCGCGUUCCCCUGGCUCUCAGCGCCACCAGCAGCCGCUGCAUCGUCAACCCUCUCGCCAGUUCGACGCGUACGGCCCCAUGCCGGUCAACCUGUAUGACGACAUGGCUCGUUACGAUACUGGUCGGCUGGAGCGCCUGAACCCGUCGUUGCACAACAACUCCUACGCCUACGACCUUGCGGGGUCCCAGACUUGGAAUCCCAAUGGCUUUGCCAAUGCGCAAGCCCUCGGAGGCAUCCGGUCGGCUUCGACCAGCCUGAAGACGACUUCGCGCACUGGCAGGGCCGGCUUGCCAACGACCUGGCUUGAUCAGCAGCCAGGCAUUCCGAGUCCCUUCUCCAACCUCGGUCCCGGCCCUCUCCAAAGCAGCGCGAUGCGCCCCGAAGCCUCUGGUCCCUCCGAGGCGGAGGAUGAGUUGAUUCCCACCGCUAUUGUCAUCAAGAAUAUUCCUUUCGCGGUCAAAAAGGAGCAGCUGGUGCAACUCAUGACUGAGCUUAACCUGCCCCUGCCCUAUGCAUUCAACUAUCAUUUCGAUAACGGCGUCUUUCGUGGAUUGGCGUUUGCCAAUUUUACGUCGGCGGAGGAAACUGCGACCGUCAUCGAGGUUCUCAACCAUUUCGAGCUCCAGGGUCGGAAAUUGCGGGUUGAAUACAAAAAGAUGCUUCCGCUGCAGGAGCGCGAGCGCAUUGAGCGUGAGAAGCGCGAGCGUCGUGGCCAGCUGGAAGAGCAGCAUCGCCCCAUGGCGACCUCGCAGCUCCAGACCCAGAGUUCCAUGUCGUCUCUCACCUCUCACCUUCCCGCAACCUCCCCCUCGCCCGUCUCUCAGCGCGGCCAAAAAUUGGACGUCGACCUGAAUGAUAGCACGACACUCUCUUACUACUCCCAGCUUCUCCUGUUCAAGGAAGAUACCGCGCGUGACACUCUGGUCUUCCCUUCCAACCUCUCCCCCGUCCAGCGCCGCACCGUGCACACGCUUGCUCACAACAUGGGUCUGGGCCAUGCGUCUCGGGGAUCUGGUGAACAACGGCAGGUGCACGUGUUCAAGGUCGCUCCUGGCACUAAUGUCAGCCCACCGUUGUCGUCUAUCCCUGCCGCAGUGCAGCCAGCUGAGACGGCACGUCGUGGGCUCAACCGCGCAGCAACCAUUGAUUUCAGUGAGUCUCGUAACGAGGGACCCACUCAUUUUAACACUUUGCGCGGCCAGCCCUCUGGCUUCCUCGGGGUUUUGGACUCCCCGGGCAACUUUGGCAACACACAGAACCUCCGAGCCGCGAAGUCGUUCGCGGACCUGCGCUCUUACACCCCGUCGCCGGUCCCCUCUUCUGCCAGCUUCCCCGCGGCGCUGCAGUCUAACGGCGCGCGCUUGCAGCAUUACGAUGGCGCCACCAGCGGUGCGUCCAACACCCCCACGCUCACUUCCGCCCCGUCCGGUUCCUCCCUCGGCAUGCAGCGCGACGACAGCCUGUUGGUAAACAGCCUCAGCAGCCUUUCUUUGGGUACUGGAAUUGGCGGGCCGAAUGCGAGCCCGAGGAGAUUGCGGGGUAUGUUCUCUUGGGAGCAGCCAGAAAGUCAGCCCUCUAGUGCUGGUCCCAUCGGUAGUAACCGAUCCAUCGGAGUUGGAUUUGACGGUCAGUCACAGGAGCGCAUGCCCAUUAGGCAGCCGAGAGGCCCGAUGCCCGAGAAAGGUCCAGGAUUUCGACGCCCGAACGGACACCAAUCGCGCGGAAGCGACGAAUUACGCACCAGUUCUGGUGUAGAGAUUAUUGUGGAGUAA